AUGACUAACCAGAAUGUCAUCGUCUCCGACAGAAAACCCAUAUUGGGUUUGAAAACCAUCACUGUCUCUGUCUCUAACUCUUCUCUGUUCUCUUCUUCACCACCCACAGCUUACUUUACCUUCCCUCGUCGAAAGUUCUUGAAACUUCACGAAGACAAUCUUGGUGCUGCAAAGAUUGCAUCUUGGGUCGAUUCCAUGCGUGAUUCUUCCCCUACACGUCUCAGAUCCUCUUCUCAUGACUCUGUCUCUGAUAAUGAUGACAAAACAUCUUGGAUCGUUCGAUUUCCUUCGGCUUUGAGUAUGUUUGAUGAGAUUGUGAAUGCUGCAAAAGGGAAAACGAUUGUCAUGUUUCUUGAUUACGAUGGUACUCUUUCUCCAAUAGUUGAAGAUCCCGACAAAGCGUACAUAACCCAUGAGAUGCGAGACGUUGUAAAAGACGUGGCUUUAAACUUCCCGACUGCUAUUGUCACCGGAAGAUCCAUAGAUAAGGUUCGUAGUUUUGUCAAACUCAACGAGAUUUAUUACGCUGGAAGCCACGGCAUGGACAUCGAAAGUCCGAGCAACGAAAAUACUUACGGCGAGCGUAAACAAGGAGUGUUGUUUCAACCUGCACGUGACUUUAUACCGAUGAUUGAGAAGGUGGUUAAAAUUUUAGAGGAAAAGACAAAAUGGAUCCCUGGGGCUAUGGUGGAGAACAACAAGUUUUGUCUGUCCGUACAUUUUCGUCGUGUUGAUGAGAAGAGAUGGGCUGCUUUAGCCGAACAAGUAAAAUCAGUUCUUGUUGAUUAUCCAACGCUGAAACUAACACAAGGUAGAAAGGUGCUUGAAAUCCGCCCCACGAUCAAAUGGGACAAGGGACAGGCUCUCAAUUUUUUGCUAAAAUCAUUAGGAUUUGAAAAUUCUGAAGAUGUUUUACCGGUGUAUAUCGGUGAUGACCGUACCGACGAAGAUGCGUUUAAGGUUUUACGUGAAAGGGGACAAGGUUUUGGGAUUCUUGUCUCAAAAGUUCCAAAGGACACCAAUGCCUCUUAUUCUCUUCAGGACCCUUCUCAGGUUAGUGAGUUCCUGAAGCGUUUGGUAGAGUGGAAUAGGAAGACAGUGGGAGAAGAGUGA